AUAAAGCAAAACCCUCUUAUCUCUCGCCGUCGAUUCGAAUUUCCUAAACCCUCGCUUUUUCCACUCUCACUCGCUCCGACGUCGUUUCGAAUCGGCGCGCUUCCGAUACGCCUCGUCAUCGUCGGCUCCACUUCACCGCCACCAUGCCUCGCGCCACUUCAAAAAGAAAAGCGCCACCGUCGACCUCCGCCUCCGUCACCUCCUCCGACGUCGUUUCGACUCGUCCCGGUAAAAAAGGCAAGAAGGAGGUAGACAAGAUAGGCAGCCUCUUUGAUGUGUACGCAAACAAGACCUUGGACAUGAUUGACCCAGAAGGAAUUGUUUCUCUUUGUUCGCAUUUGGGAGUGGACCACACUGAUGUCAGAAUCCUGAUGCUUGCUUGGAAAAUGAAAGCAGAAAAGCAAGGCUAUUUUUCCAGGGAAGAGUGGCGAAGAGGCUUGAAAGAUUUGAAUGCUGACACCAUUGCUAAAUUGAAGAAAGCACUCCCAGGUUUGGAAAAAGAGUUGAUGGCCACAUCCAAAUUUGAAGAUUUCUAUGCUUUUGCAUUUCAGUACUGCUUGACAGAAGACAGGCAAAAGAGUGUUGAUAUCGAGACUGUUUGUGAAUUACUGAGUCUUGUGCUUGGUCCCAAAUACCGUUCCCAGGUUGACGUAUUAAUAAAGUAUCUGAAGGUCCAAAGUGAGUACAGGGCAUUAAAUGCGGAUCAGUGGAGACAUUUUUACCGUUUUUGCAAGGAGAUAAGUUUCCCAGAUCUCGAAGACUAUGAUUCUGAUCAAGCAUGGCCUGUGAUAAUUGAUAAUCUUGUUGAAUGGAUGAAAGAGAACAAGCAAAGCUAGUUUGAGCUUCCUUUGGGACACUGUGAUCCCUUUUUGUGAGAAUACAAUGCUAACUAUAAGAAGGGCUUGCGAAGAACUCGACUUUUCGAUUUUACUAACAAAUCAUUCAUGCUUGUCGUUUUUCUUUGUUUGGGACUUGUGGAGCUGCCUCUGCCUCUUAUGAGAAAUGCUAUAUUUUUCGCGAUGAGGAAAUUUUCAGUUUCAAUCAUAAUUGUAUCAUCGAAUGGGGUUCGCUGCUAUGUUUUCGGCAAUUGAUGAAUUGAUACAGGACCUUUCUUGCACUUA